AUGAACGAGAAGAGUGAUGUUUUCAGCUUCGGUGUGGUUCUUCUUGAAGUGAUAAUCGGGAAACCGGCGAUUUCACGUUCAAGAACAGAGAAUGUGCAUCUAUGUGAUCAGGUUGGUUCAAUGUUGGGGAGUGCAGACAUAAGAGGCAAUGUAUAUAAGCGUCUAGGAGAUAGAUUUGAGGCUGGCUCGGCUUGGAAGAUUGCUGAAAUAGCAUUAGCUUGUGCCUCUGAGAGCUCUUCGCAGAGACCAACGAUGAGCCAGGUCGUUAUGGAGCUUAAAAGAGUGUUUUUGGGAGAGUGGCAGAUCGAAAUAGCCAUGGGGAUCCUGUGA